AAUCUGUGACAAAGAUUAAUUCGAUCUCGAGCGAAUCCAACGUAGAUUCCAUGGGCAGCCGUAGAUUCACUCUCUCUGAUUGGCUCAACAAGCUCAAACACAUCGCCCACGGCGCGAGAAAGAAGACGGCCUCAUCGCCGGCGGCCACCGAGCAGUCGCCUUCACCGGGCCGCAAGCUCGCCGCCGAGGAGCCGCCGAGGAAGGCCGAGAGGGCGGUCGUCGCCUCCCCCGUUGACGUCGGGUGCGGAAGAAGGGUUCGAAGGAGGUGCAAGCCCGCUCCGGUGCGGCUGAGAAAGAAGGCGGCGCGGUGGCAGGGGAAGGGCGUGCUGGCGGGGAGCUCGGCGGUGGUGAAGGCUUCUGCGGACCCGCAGAGGGACUUCCGGGAGUCCAUGGUCGAGAUGAUCGUUGAGAACGGCAUAACCGGCUCCGGUGACUUGGCUGAGCUCCUCGCCGUCUACCUGUCGCUCAACUCCGGCGAGUUCCACGGCCUCAUCGUCAAUGUGUUCAAGCAAAUUCUGUUCGAUCUUAUUUUUUCCCAAAAACAAAAAUUAGAAAUUUGAAUUUCAGUUUACCCCGCAACACUUUAACUACCUUUACGAAAUGCCCCUCGUAAUUUUAUUAUUAUCGUUUUACUCCCACUUUGAUUUUCGCAAAGUGUUAUUGACUUAUUGUAGUACUUGUGAAAGUGUGAGGAUAAAUAAAACAA